AUGGAAUUUCCAAGAGGUAUUCUUCGCAACAUUGUCCCCGGCACUAAUGGGCAAUGGACGGGGUCGACACAAAAACAGACAGAACAGAAACCUAGCAUUGGGCAUUUUUACAUUUUUUGUACGGAAAAUAAAACAACUGCAGAAGCUAAGGAAGCUUCAUUGAUCUCGCAGAAUGUCGUAGCGAGUGUGGAGUUCAAUUCUACGGAUCCGGACGAAAACGGUCGCAGUCGACUGUUGGGCAUGGUCCAGGCUCUUUCAGAGAUGACCACCAAGUUUGGCGGGUCAGAUGCAUCUCAGGGGGGUGAAAAUGUACCUGAUAGCGAGCAGAAUACAAUGCAAUUGUCUCACAUUGAUACAGAUGGGCUGAGGGAGCUUGUUGGUAGGCUUGAAGACAAAUAUUACUUUGUGUGUGGUAUAAAAUUCGCAUCUUACGGAGGAAAAACCUACAAGAAACACGGGAUAGCGUCACCAGAGUUUUUGAUAAGCGAGAUACAGAAGGGUGGCGUGCUGUGGAGGCUCAACUACGGGUCAAUUGGCACAUUUCUGAGUGGUGAUUUCAGUAAAAAGUCGCCGGAAUUUGCCAAACGAGUCCAGUUUCUGUCAUCCUGGUGGCAGGAGUGGCUUAACAACCGCUUUGAGUUUCCCUCGAGCUUUGAUUUCAACGGUGAAGGUGUGUACAGCAUGCUCAAUGGCGUAAAACUGUCCUCGAGGGCCGUUUCUGGCAAAUUAGCCGCCAGAUUGGCUCAAGAGAUCAAAUCUGGUUUUACAGACCAAGAUGGAAUGCAGGAUGUGCUUAUAUUGAACAGAGAUCGCUUGUCAGCUAACGAGUAUGGCGCUCUGUACGUGAAUGAGGACUCGCCGUUCGAGCGGGUGUCGAUUAUUGGGCUUUUGGACUAUUUGCAAAGGCAAGACUUUGACUUUGGGCUUUCCAGGUUUGCCUUGAAAUCCAAAAACCUCCUGUCUUUGCAGAGCUAUAGGGCUGGCUUGGAGGCUAUAAAUGGAACCGGUAACAGCCCGAGUGUGAUGCAAGCAUCAGAAAUGGGUGUUGUAAAAGAUGAAAACCAGUCGUACGUAGAGUCUUUGCUUAUCGCACCAUUUAGAAACGCUUACAGCACAGUUUCCUCCUUUAUGCCGACGUUUGGCGGCUCAGCGGUUGGUACGAGGGGCUCAUCAGACCAGGAAGAACAAAAUACACAGAGUGACACCGUUUCUAGUGAUCAGAAACCAACCGGAAGGUUCUUGUUGGGCAAAACUGACGAGGAUGGGGGCAGUAUAUCCACAAGAAAGAUUAUUCUACGUAGGAAAAAGGGUGAGACGGCUGGAAAAGUGGAGGUUGCAACGGAAUUGGUGAUGUACGAGAUAGGACAGGUUGCAUAUGCGCUUUUAUACCAGGAGGAUUCGCCGGUAUUGGCUGAAACCUUGUACUACGAGAAAAUCGGCAAGCUGUUGGACGAUAUAACUGAAAAACUGCUCAAACCUGUUUUGGAAGAGGGAGAAAAGACAACACAGGAACACUCUUUCUUCUACUUGGCGUACAACAAAGAAAACCGCAUCUACAAGGCUUCUCUUCCGUGGAUUCCCGAUACUAAUGAUGUGAAAAAGUACAAAAACAGGCUGGAAACAUUAUCCUCACCAUAUAGUCGAGCAACUUUGGUUGAAUUGCAUGUUAAUGCAAUGAAUUUGCUCCUCAGUGAGAGCCCGCAGCGUAAUAUGAAGCAGAUCGAGCGCUUAAUGAGGAUGGGAGACAACUGGUGGGGUUUGUUGGAAAGAAAUGGCGAGAAUUCGUUGGUUGUGCUGAAAAAUUGCAAGGAUAAGAACCUGACUUCUGUUGAGAGAAGCACACUUUCGGCAUUUGGACCAGAGGUGGCUGACUGGUAUAAAGAGUUCACUUUGUAG